GGCACCCUCACAAACACCACCUGCGCCAGCUCACCUGGUGGUCGCGUUUUGGGACUCGCCCCUCAGUCAUGGGAUCAACGUGUUCGUGGGGAUUAUCCUGUGUUUCACUAUGCUGGGGCUGGGGUGCACAGUGGAGGUAAGCCAAAUUGGGGAGCACAUCCGGAGACCCAUAGGGGUGCUGCUCGCCCUUGUGUGCCAGUUUGUGAUCAUGCCACUGGUGGCAUUUCUGCUGGCACUGGCGUUCUCUCUGAACGACGUGGAGGCCAUCGCCGUCCUGCUGUGUGGAUGCUGCCCCGGAGGGAACCUCUCCAACAUCAUGUCACUGUUGGUCAACGGAGAAAUGAACUUGAGCAUCGUCAUGACCAUCUCUUCGACCAUCCUCGCCCUGGUCCUCAUGCCCCUCUGCCUGUGGAUGUACAGCCGCGCGUGGAUCAACACGCCCGUGGUGAACCUCCUGCCGUUCGGGGCGAUCAUCAUCACCCUGUGCAGCACCCUCAUCCCCAUAUGUCUCGGGGUCUGGCUGCGAUACCGCAAUACCCGCGUUGCUGACAUAGUCCUGAAGCUGUCCCUGUGGUCCCUGCUGGUGACGCUGAUCAUGCUGUUCUUCAUGACGGGCGCCAUGCUGGGCCCCGAGCUGCUGGCCACCAUCCCGGCCUCCGUCUACCUGGUGGCGGUGCUGAUGCCGCUGUGCGGCUACGCGGCGGGCUACGGCCUGGCGCGCCUCGCCGACCUGCCGCCCAACUGCUGCCGCACCGUCUCCCUGGAGACGGGCUGCCAGAACGUGCAGCUCUGCACGGCCAUCCUGAAGCUGGCCUUCCCGCCGCAGCUCAUGGGCGGCAUGUACAUGUUCCCGCUGCUCUACGCCCUGUUCCAGGCGGCCGAGGCCGGCCUCUUCAUCCUGGCCUACCGCAUGUACCGCACCCAGGCGCUGGGCAAGCAGGACUACCUGGGACAGGGCAGCGGCGCCGGGGGCGACACCAACAUCGGCUACGGCACGCUGGAGGAGGAUGACGGCCCCGGCCCGGGCGCCUUCGACACCGCCUACGGAGCUGUCACCGUCAGCGACCCCAACGCCAUCGUGCUGGAGUGCCGAGGAGGGGAGCCCCCCACCCCCGUAUAGACACGACCAGGCAUGACAGGGCCAGGGGGGCAGGCCGGUGGAAACGUAACGUCCAGAGAGAGACACGAGACAUGAUACCAGGAUGAGAAGGUUCCAUAGCUUGUCCAUUCGUCAUCUGCAGCGCUGACAUUAAAAAUGCCACCAAUGCCACCAAGACCCCCCGUAUAGACACUACAGCCUAGGCCAUUGGAAACGUAACUUCACAGAGACACAUGACUGGAGACCAGAAGGAAGAGGGUUCCAUAACUUAUCCAUUAACCCCGUCACGCUGACAUUGACAAUGCAGUCAUGAUCACCACCAUCUCCUAAUAGACACUUCAGGGCAGGCCAGUGGAAACGUAACGUCAAAGAGACACACAAGACAUGACACCAGGCUGACAGGGUUCCAUAACAUAUCGAUUAACCCUCUGCAGCGCUGAUAUCUCAAAUGCCAUGGCCACCACCCUCUCCUCCUAUAGGCACGACAGACCAGGCAGCGGUGUCAAUCCUGGGCUCAGAAAGUAAAAAAACCUACUGCUGCCACAAAUGUGAUCCAAACAAUGAGUCCUCCUGUGUUGGACGGAAACUGUGGCAUGUUUUUUUUUUUUUUUACCUUUCUGAAGCGGAUAUGUGACACCUCUGACCACAGGAAUGGAAGUGUAACUCCAGAGAGACACACAGCUUACAAGUUCCCAAAAGUUUGCAUUUGCAACGUUGCCAUUUCCAAUGCAAUGCCAUAGCCAUGCCAUUUACCACCACCACCACCAUUGUGGACACCUUUCCACUCUGUUCAGAGCCCUGAGACUGUCAUGCAGCCGCCAGGAUGCUACAGCAUACUGUCUGAUGCACCAUGGUCCUUAAUAAGGGACAACACCACAUGAACCUAAUCCAUUUGUCCAUCAGUGAAAACCUGCAGUACAGUUGUUGACUUUAGCCAUGCUAUUUGUAAAUGUCCAUGGAGGGCCGCAGAGGGGAUCAGUGAACAUCCAGACAUUCCUCAGGUUGAAUUAGUAUUAAACUUACGUACAUGGCAACUAAGUUAUACAGACAAUUAUUUUAAACACUCCAAUUAGACUGAUUUAGUACACUAUGCAUUUGUAUUUUAUGUACUACUUUAAUACAUAGUGGAUUAUUUGAUCUCAAGUGGCCCAGACCAGUAAUGCAAUUGCAAAAUAUCUAAAAUCAAAAUAUAUGAAAAAAAUGUCUGCUUCAUAUUGGAAUCGGAUUGCUAAUCAGUCAUCUCGAAGUGGAUGUCAGCGGGUAUAUCAAGAGUAUUGACUGUACAAGGCAAGCAAAAAAAGGGGGAAUUCGUUCUCAAGUAUUAAAAACCUAAAAUCUUAGACAGCUGCAGGAACUUUCUUCAGGUUUUUUUUUUUCAUUCUUGGUGUUUCUCUUCUGGGGCCGGAUAAAACCAUCUAGCUGGCCACAUCUGGCCCACGGGCCUUAUGUUUGACACCCCUGCUUUAGGCAGAAGGAGAAAAUCAGGUUAGAGCAUUCCUCAUUCUGAUUCCUCCAUCUUCUGUGCUCAAUGACAUCUCCUAGCUAGCAGGUUGAGGCAUCUUUGUUAAACACAGCAUGGGUGAAAAUCAUAGGCUCGUGCUGAAUCUGAAACAUUUGCUCAUUCAGCAUGUAAGCCUGACUUAUGUACUGGAACACGGGCCUACAGUAAGUAAAACAAGGUGCUUUACACCCUAUGUAGUGCACUGCAGUAUGUGAUCAAUUAGGCAUGCCACAUUGGCAAAGACAUGAGGCAUUAAAGUAGGGGUAGGGAACUCUGUGACCAAUCUAGAGGCAACUUCAAAUUUGAUGAAGUCCUCCAAGGGCCGUACUAAAACACAAACCAGGAUUUCCCCCUGCAUUUUAGGCCUAUAUUGAAGGCGACCACCUUUAUAACAGACCCCACCUUCACUAGGUCCCCUGAAAUUAAUUGUAUUGGAAAUGAUUCCUAAAAUUUCUUAACAAAACAUGACAUUUAAUCUUUUAUGUCUAAGGUAACCUCAAGGGCCUUAAGUACAUAGCAGGUUCCCCAUCCCUGCAUUAAUAGAUGUCAUGAUCACAGUGCAGUGUAUACGGCAUAGGGUGUGAGUCACAUCACUUUGGACCCCAACACAGUUAGUGCACGACAAUAGGCUAAAGUACAUGAGUGAAUAUUUGUAAUGCAGUCACACAGAGACCAUCUUUUACCCGCACUGACACUUUAAGUAGGCCUAACUAUAAAUGUUACAUCUCACAAUGAGAUAAAUAAAGUGUUGGGGUUGAAAUCUGAAGGUCAGCAUCUGUCUAGGCAUUCAAAAUAAUGGCAAGCAAAGGCAUGGGUAAGGUUAUCUGUGUCUACUGCAACAUGACAAGAAUCAUUGCCCGCUCUUUUGAUGAGGUUGCCUUUUUAAAUACCUCCGAAAAGGGGAUAGCCCACACUGUGGCUUUAAAAUCUGGCACUUGGGAUAACAGUUGCCUGCCGUCAUCACUAGUGACAGGUUCGUUCAUUCCAACUUUUACUUUCUCUCAAGACAUAUGUGAGGGUGGAUCUGUGUUCACGCGGAUGACUACAAUUUAUGAUCGCAUCAUUCAUGGAAUAAAAUCACUAUUUCCAUUUCAUCAGAUAAAUGUGCAAUUAUGUAAAU